CGCUCCCCGCCCCGCCCCUCCCCGCCGCCGCCGAGCUGGACCCAGCGGCCCGGGACCAUGGGCCGCCUCCCGCGGGCCCUGCUGCUGUCGCUGCAGCUCGCCCUGCUCGCGGCCGCGGGGGCCCCGGAGGCGCCGGUCAGCGCGCCGCGGAGCCUGGUGUGGGGCCCCGGGCUGCAGGCGGGCGUCGUCCUGCCCGUCCGCUAUUUCUACCUGCAGGCCGUCAGCUCCGAGGGCCACAACCUCACUCGCUCGCCCCCAGGUCAAGCACAAUUUAAAGUAGUAAUCAAAUCUCUUUCACCUAAAGAGUUAGUCCGGAUUCACGUCCCAAAACCUUUGGACAGGAACGAUGGAACAUUUUUGAUCAGGUAUAGGAUGUAUGAAUCUGCCAAUGAAGGGCUGAAGAUAGAGGUCCUUUAUGGUGAUGAACAUGUUGCCCAGUCUCCCUAUAUUUUGAAAGGACCCAUCCACCACGAGUACUGUGAGUGUCCAGAAGAGGAUCCCCAGGCUUGGCAGGAAACGCUGUCUUGUCCAACCAGAGAACCACAGAUUGCCAAAGAUUUUGCUUCUUUUCCCAGCAUCAAUCUCCAGCAGAUGCUAAAUGAAGUUCCAAAAAGGUUCGGGGAAGAGAGAGGUGCCAUUGUUCAUUACACGAUUCUCAAUAACCACAUCUACCGGAGACCUUUAGGGAAAUACACAGACUUCAAAAUGUUCUCAGAUGAGAUCUUGCUGUCACUGGCCAGAAAGGUCCUUCUCCCAGAUUUAGAAUUUUAUAUUAAUCUUGGAGAUUGGCCUUUGGAACAUCGAAAAGUCAACGAAACGCCUGGCCCUUUACCUAUCAUUUCAUGGUGUGGCUCUCUGGAUUCACAAGAUAUUAUCCUUCCAACAUAUGACAUCACUCACUCCACACUUGAAGCAAUGAGGGGUGUUACAAAUGAUCUCCUCUCUAUUCAGGGAAAUACAGGGCCCUCCUGGAUCAAUAAGACAGAGAAAGCUUUCUUCAGAGGUAGGGAUAGCCGAGAGGAGCGGCUCCAGCUGGUGCAGCUGGCCAAGGAGAACCCACAGCUCCUAGAUGCGGGAAUCACGGGGUAUUUCUUUUUCCAAGAGAAAGAGAAAGAGCUUGGAAAAGCUAAAUUGAUAGGUUUCUUUGAUUUCUUUAAGUACAAGUAUCAAGUGAAUGUGGAUGGGACCGUGGCUGCUUACAGAUACCCGUAUCUCAUGCUGGGGGACAGUCUGGUUCUGAAGCAGGACUCCCCGUAUUAUGAACACUUUUACAUGGCACUACAGCCCUGGAAACAUUACGUGCCAAUUAAAAGGAACCUUGCUGAUUUACUAGAGAAAGUUAAAUGGGCCAAGGAAAAUGACGAGGAAGCCAAGAGGAUUGCCAAAGAAGGGCAGUUGACGGCCAGGGACUUGCUACAGCCACACAGGAUUUACUGCUACUAUUACAGAGUACUGCAGAAUUAUGCUGAGCGCCAGUCCAGCAAACCCGAAAUACGUGAUGGAAUGGAACUUGUUCCUCAGCCGGAUGAUAACACAUCCAUCUGCCAGUGCCAGGGGAAGAGACCUUCAAGAGAAGAACUUUAAGUCGGCCCGGAUUUACACUCUGUUGUGGGCCGGCUGCGUCUUCAAUGGAAGCAUCCAGACAGAAUCUAAGCUACGAAGAACACAGCUUGCCAAAAUAUAAAUCACUCUCUAGGAAUACCUGUACAUCAUAUUUAUUGGUUUGAUUUUUUUAUUCAUUGUUUGCUUUCGCUCUUCCAUUUCCAGUUAUGAAGAAAAAAUAUUUGGGCAGGGUUGUUUUUUUACCCCCCUACCACACAAUUUCUCCUUCUACAAGCUGCUUUUGACAUUCAGUAACAGUCAGCUUCCUCUGGGAAAAGUCUGAUAAGAAUAAGGAAGAAGAGGAUGACUCUCUUAUGAAUGGUAGCUGGGAUUCUAUAGUGGGGAAUAUUUUUUAAAAGCUCACUCAUAACUUUUUAGCUGAGUUUUACCAACACCUGAGAUAAAAAUAAGGAGAAAGUGCCUUAAGCUAGUAGUUUCCAAUCUAUCACAGUUAUUAAAAUAGAUGAAUGCCCCCGACGGGACCAUUCAUUAUCUAUAUACUAGAGGCCCGGUGCACAAGGUUCGUGCACUGGAUGGGGGUGGGGGGUCCCUCAGCCCGGCCUGCACCCUCUUGCAGCCUGGGAGCCCUCGAGGGAUGUUCGACUGCCAGCUUAGCACAGCCACAGAGGUGGGAGAGGCUCCUGCACCAGCCAUGAGCCCAGCUCAGAGCUUCUGGCUGAGCAGCACUCCCUCUGUGGGAGCGCACUGACCAUCAGGGGGCAGCUCCUGCCUUGAGUGUCUGCCCCCUGGUGGUCACUGCGCGUCAUAGCGACCAGUCGUUCCUCCAUUCAGUCGAUUUGCAUAUUAGCCUUUUAUUAUAUAGGAUUGAAUAAAGGUAACUGCAGUCAGGUGGGGAUCUGUAAUUCUUUUUAAUAUUUUAAAGGGAUACUUGAAAACCUCUGCAACAAACUGCAGGAAGCCUGGUAUCUUGGGAUUCACUAAUAGCUAACCACAAAGGCAAGCGUCCUCACUGCACCCCUCCUCCAUUUCACUGGGUUGCAUUGCCAAGAUUAAACAAAUGGAAAUUUCCUCUGCCUUUAGGGUCCAAACUUAAGACUUACAGCCCAGAAGUUCGAUGCACAUUCCUUGUAAUACCAGUUCAAGGUUGAGUUACCUGAAGAACCACACUCCAAAAAAACAAGAACUAUCCACGCUCCCAAUCUUAAAAUAUUGACUCCCCUAAUUGAAAUAUUAACUUAAUCUGGAAAACAAUGUAACCACUUAAAAGUAGUCAUAUCUAUUCUUUUUUGAAAAACAAUAAGAAUUUUUCUUAACUAGAUAAGAGCAAAAUCACAUUUAGGAACAAUGUAAUCAAAGCCAAGUAUCCAUGGAAAACCCUAAAACCCAAGUUUUCCAAAUGCAGAAGUGCACAGCAUAAAAUAAAGGGCAAGCUGUAGUUAGACCAGAUCUUAAUGAAUCUAUGUCAUUGAUAUAUGAUACAUGGAGUUUGGACUCGUCAAAGCUGAGAUUAUAGAAAGUUUGCCCUCCCUCAUAUCUCCCUGUCCUCCAAACCCAGGUCCUUUUUUUUUUUU